UAUUGACUGGGCAGAGAGUCAAUCAGCACAGUGUAUUUUAACCUGUAGCCAGACUUUCACAGGGCUUCCUACAGUAAGACUGUGUGAACAGCAACAUGAAGUUUUUACCAUCUUUACUGAUCUUUGGGCUCCUGUUUCUACAAUACAUCCAUGGAUUUGAGUUUGUUAUAGAUGGAGAAUGGGAGGAAGAUAUGUCAUCAGAUUUAGAACAACAUGAGAGACACAAGAGAGCCAUUUUGACUAGUGAAGAGCAGACAGACUUUCAGAUUGUCAGUGGUGACGACAUCACAAUCAAAAGUUACAGAAUAGAGAGCCAUGUUACGUCACGUUUUGCUCACACCACCGUCAGAAGCCAUGUGGUCAACUCUGGGGCCAAAGCCCAGACCAUUGGCUUCAAUGUGCAGAUCCCCAAAAGAGCUUUCAUCUCCAACUUUACCAUGAAUGUGAAUGGAAUCAUUUUUAAGGGCUCGGUUAAAGAGAAGUCAGUGGCACAAAACCUUUACAAUCGUGCCAAAGCCAGAGGCAAAGCAGCAAGCAUCCUGAGGGCAAACUCCCAGGACAUGGAAACCUUUCAAACAGAAGUUUAUGUGCCACCUGGAAGUAACAUUGAGUUUGAGCUUAACUAUCAGGAAAUGAUGCAACGCAAAAUGGGCUUCUAUGAGCAUCAGCUGUACCUGCAGCCAGGCAGACUGGUGCCACACUUUCAGGUUGACGUCUACAUUUUUGAACCAAAUGGAAUUUCAAAAGUAGAAACAACACACACUCUUGAUAGUCAUUUUGCAGAGCUUAUCAAAGUUUCCACUACUGAUGACAAGGCUCACAUAGUAUUCAAACCCAGCCUGCAACAGCAGAGAAAGUGCAGCAACUGCACUGACAGUGCUAUAGAUGGUGUCCUUAAUGUUAUAUAUGAUGUGAAGAGGGACAACAAUGGAGAACUUCAGGUCUCAGAUGGCUACUUUGUUCAAUUCUUUGCACCAACAAAUCUCUCACCUCUUCCAAAAAACAUUGUUUUUGUGAUUGAUGUCAGUGGUUCUAUGUGGGGGGUCAAAAUGAAGCAAACAGUGGAGGCCAUGCAAGCUAUUCUAGAUGACCUGACCACUGAUGAUCAUUUUAGCGUGAUUGACUUUAACCAUAAUGUACGGUGUUGGAAUGAGGAUUUAGUUUCAGGCUCAAGAUUACAGGUUGGAAAUGCCAAGAAAUACAUCCAGGACAUCAAACCUAAUGGAGGCACAAACAUUAAUGAAGCUUUGAUGAGGGCAGUUCAGAUUCUAGUGAGAGCAUCCAAUCAGGGGCUCAUAGAUCCCAGAUCUGUGUCUAUGAUAAUACUGGUGUCUGAUGGAGAUCCUACUGUGGGUGAGACCAAGCUCAGUACUAUCCAGAAGAAUGUGAAGCGAGUGAUGAAAGAGGAUUUUUCACUCUUCUCUUUGGGCAUUGGUUUUGAUGUGGACUAUGACUUCCUGGAGCGGAUAGCUAUGGAAAACCGAGGAAUCGCACAGAGAAUCUAUGCAAAUCACAAUGCUGCUGACCAACUACGAGCAUUUUACAGCCAAGUCUCUGCUCCACUUCUGAGAAGGAUCACAAUUCAGUUCCCAGAAGAUUCAGUGUCUGACGUCACCCAGAAUCAGUUUGAUAAGUUCUUCAGUGGCUCCGAGUUGGUGGUGGCUGGAAAAGUGCUCCCCUCUGAUACAAACACACUCACCAGCUUUACCACUGCAUCAGCUGCUCGUCUGGAUCUCACUCUAGAGACAGAGACAGACACCACUGAGCUGGAUCAGCGGCUGGCCAACCUGCACCACUCGUUUCCAGGUUUUGCUCGACAGUUGUGGGCUUACAUUACCAUCAAACAGUUGAUUGCUGAACGGGCUAUGGCUUCAACAGCAGCAAAAAAGCGAAAGAUUACUCAAAAGAUCUUGUCUCUGGCAGUAGACCAUCAGUUUGUCACUCCACUUACUGCUUUACUGGUGGAGAGUGAAGACGAAAGUGAGCGACUCUUGGCUGAUUCUCCAAAGGAUGCCAAGCAUGGCUGCUGCCCAGGUGGAGGUGUGAACCCAGUACCGCUGGUUUAUCACCAUCCCCCCUGGGUCCAGAUGUCUACUCCUGCUCCUCCCAGCCAAUUCUCUAAAGGUCCAGAAGAGUGGGCCUUGCCCCAAAAAGUCAAUUUAGUGGAUAACGAUCCUCACUUCAUCAUCCACCUGCCAAGACACAAUGUGGAUGUGUGCUUCAAUAUUGAUUCUAAACCAGGCCAUAUUCUCAAUCUACUGUCUGACAGUGGUACAGGUGUUGUUGUAAAUGGUCAGCUCAUUGGCUCAAAGAAGUUGUACAAAAACAAAGUCAGCACAUAUUUCGGGACUAUUUCCGUGUACUCCCAGCCUGAGGGAGUCAGUGUCACCGCUAGCACUGACAACAUCACUAUUUCUGAUGAGAGAAACAGCCAUGUCUUUUCCUGGGAUGCCACAGCAGAUAUCACACAGGAUGGUGUGAGGAUACACAUUAUGAAGAAGUCAAAUGUUACUAUCACAAUAAAUGGUAACAUUCAAAUUACUGUUCUGCUUCAUCGGAUUUGGAAAAAACACCCUGUUAAUGUUGACUUCCUUGGGAUCUAUAUGCCUACAAACAACCAGUACUCUCCACUCGUCCAUGGUCUCAUAGGGCAGUUUUCCAGAGAACCCGAUGUUAACGUGUAUGACGUCCGUGAAGGAGUGGACCCUCUAAAGAAGGAGGCUACAAUGGAAGUGAAAGGCAAUCAACUUCAGGUUACUAGGGGCUGGCAGAAGGACUACAGGACUGAAAAGAAACAUGGGUCAAUCGUCUACUGCUGGUUUGUGCACAGUAGCGGAAAAGGAUUUAUUGACGGUCACUACACUGAUUACAUCGUCCCACAUCUGAACAGUUUUCUCCAGAUGAAUUAAGUGCUCUCACAUGUUUUUAUUAGUCCUCUUGGCUUACGUAACAAAUACAAUGAAUAGUAAAGAGAAUGAAGAGAAGACCUGAUACUUCAGUCAAAAGGAUUAAUGUGAAAGAUAUAACCAAAUUUGACUUGUCUGUAAGUAAAUACUAAAAAUUUGAAUUAAACAAUUCCUUUAUUACAAAAAAGUAUUUUCCGAUCAACAGGUAAUACAUAAGUUAAAAGCUCAUUGAACUAAUUUGUCUGGGAUAUUAAAAUAUACAAAGAAAGGUUUGAGGUUGUAACUCUGACACAGUAGAGUGACUCCUACACUUUCUGGGCUUCAAAAAGACCAAUGUGCCAGUCAUCAGGCGAGUUUGGAGAAAUCUUCAUAGGCAAUGUUAUCCACUCUCCGCCCCUUCUGUGGACCCUGGGAGGAACACAGGAAAUUAUUACCAUACUUUUUGAUAAUAAUAUAACCAUAAUUGUACCAUAUAUACUCCUAUAAAUAUAUAUUGCAUACAUAAUUUUAUUUCUAUUCAGUAAAAGCACAGUGACUUACUGAGUCAAGUGUUAGUGUAGCACUGAAGUUUUUCUCAUCAAUCCCUUCUAAAAUAGCUUCUAUAUCUCUGUAUUGACCAUUCAAAAUCAAAACCCUUUUGCCUGUAAAAUUAUAAAAUUAGCAAUCAAAUUUAAACAACUUAACAAAAGUCAAUUAUUUGAACCUAACAGCUACUGAUUUCUUGUUGAAAGUUGAGUUUACCUGGUGCAGGUAUGACUGUCUCAACAUGAUUUUGGUCCAGUUUCAGUUUGUCUCCUGAGUCAACCAUCUUUACCACAGCUGUAUAUUUUUCGUUCACUUCCUGUGGGGUAAAUAUGAUUAUUAGCAGCACACAGAGUUUACUCCUUA